UCCUUGCAACAUGUAAUCACGGACUUAGAAACCAGUUUGGGACUAUCGAUCUACUGCUUUUCUGGAGACAGGCAGGCGAGACCAGCAGUAACAAGAGAAGUGCACUUCACAGGGGUCUGUCGGCCCAGGCUUUCCCGAAGCACCUGCGCCCUCCACCAGCAGCGUCAUUAAUCCCGCGAGACGACGGGUCCGCGGAAGGCACAAACUUCCCCCUUUGCUAGAGCCCAAGUUUUUGCCGUCAAGUUAAAUUCCGGGGUGCAGAAGUAGCUUUGUCGUGCCGCCUCUAAUCGCUCAGAAAUCAACCCCACUUCGACACGGAAAGCUAGGCCUCCGACCGCUAUGGAAGAGCAGCAAGGGCAAGAAAACCUCGCGACCCUAGCGCUUGCUCAAGCUCAUUUCCAGAAGGGCGAGUACGCAGAGGCCGAAGCGCUGUACUCCGCUUACGUUCGGCAGUACGCCUGUGCGGCCUCCGAGGGAGAGGCGCCCGGGAGCAAAUGCAGCCCUGAGGAUUUGGCUAUUGCAUAUAACAACAGGGGGCAAAUCAAGUACUUCAGGGUGGAUUUUUAUGAAGCCAUGGAUGACUACACAUCUGCCAUAGAAGUCCAACCCAAUUUUGAAGUUCCAUAUUACAACAGAGGGUUGAUAUUAUAUAGGCUGGGAUACUUUGAUGAUGCCUUGGAAGAUUUCAAGAAAGUAUUAGACUUAAAUCCUGGAUUUCAAGAUGCCAUGUUGAGCUUAAAACAGACUAUUCUAGACAAAAAAGAAAAGCAAAGAAGAAAUUAUUGAAAAUUUAAACUUAAUUGAAAUAUUAACUCAUGAUCCACCUGGCAUCACAUUGUCUCUAAUUUAAAGCUGGUGUUAAGCUAUUUUGAUUUAUAUUUAAGAUAAAGAGAUUCAUGCAUCAGCACUGAAAGUUAAAUGAUGUACUUAAGGUAGUUAAUUUCAGAUUGAGUAUGUUGAGUAGGUAUGCUUUUAUGAAGUGUGAAUAAGUAAAAAGAAUGUAUAAUUGUAUGGGCUUCCCUGGUGGCGCAGUGGUUGAGAGUCCGCCUGCCAAUGCAGGGGACACGGGUUUGUGCCCCGGUCCGGGAGGAUCCC